AUGGCUAUAGUUUUGAGAUUUGUUGACAAGAAUGGCUUUGUGCGAGAACGCUUUUUUGGACAUGUUCAUGUCUCUCAUACUGCUACAUUAACCUUCAAGGGCUGGCGCAAUCGGUAUGAAGAAUUGCGAGUUGCCCAAGCAUCUGAAAAUGCUUAUAUGAUUACAAUUGAUGAUAUUGAGAGUGGAAGGGGACUUAAUCAAAUUAGGAAAGAUCCUAAUUCAUUUCACAGAGUUGUUGAGAGGUUAUAUGAAGAUUUGAGGAACCAAUCUCAACAUAUACAGAAUGUGUUUGAAAAUUUCACUUCUGAACAAAUUGCAAACAAUCGACUGCAGUUGAAAGCCUCAAUUAAUGUUGAUCGAAAGCUUGCAUUUCAAAGUGUUGCUUUUAGAGGCCAGGUUAAAAGUAUGAGUUCAACAAAUCAUGAAAAUUUUCUUGAGAUUCAGUAUGAAGAAUUGCGGGUUACCCAAGCUGCUGAAAAUGCUUACAUGAUUGCAAUUGAUGAUAUUGAGAGUGGAAGGAGACUUAAUCAAAUUAGUCACCGAUCAUCUAUGUCAAGCAUUGCAAUUCAAAUCUCAAGACAUUUUAAGUGCAUGCAUCUUGUUUCAUCCAUUAAAAGAACCGGAAAAUCAACUAUCUACCAACUUGUUUUUCGAGUUGUUGUGCUUCUGCUUACUCUUCCCGUUUCUACCACAACUACAGAACCAGCAUUUUCAGCCAUGAAUAUCAUCAAAACUAGGCUUCGCAACAAAAUUGAAGAUGAGUUUUUGACGGAUUCUCUGAUGUUGUACAUCGAAAAAGAAAUUGCUGCAACACUCAGUAUAGAUCCAAUCAUAGAUGAUUUUCAGGAUAUGAAAACACAACGGGUUCCAUUUUGA